CCUAUCCACUGAUGCCCGACCGCCGACCCUUCGUUGCUUCCGCCGCCUCUCCUCUCAUUCCACGGCGAUAUCUGCUUCCCUCUGCAACUUCAACUUCUCCUCCCCUCCCUUCCGUCUGUCUCUCAAGCUGAGGAGCAGAGCAGCAGCUCUGUUACUGACGAAGGGUAAAAGAAGAGGUGACGGACGAUUUUCAUUCCUUUGAGGUUUUGUAAGUUUGUAUACGUUUCCUGGUUGCUCGCCUGUUUGGAGAGUUGAACUGCAAUCUACUAUUGCCACGAUGAGAUUAUAGUCCAGGCAUGUGUGAAAUGCUGUUCUCUGCUGCAAGUUUCAAUCUUGUUGGGGUCGACAAUUGCUGCUGCUUUUACAGCUCUUGUUCCAAAUAGGGCCUGAAGGAAUCGUGAUGAACUCCCAGACCCAGUUAUCGGUGGGGUCGACUGCCCCGAUUGGUCCCACUCUGUUUCCGCCUCCGAGUAGUCCGGCAAAGAACUCUGCCCGGUCGUCACUUUCUCUGUCUGGUGAGAAGCAGAGCCCGGCCACUGCCCGGGUCCUCGCCCUGCAUAGAUUGAUAAAGAAAACCGAAAAGAGAGUAGUCCCUUGCGGGUACAUAAAUGGUAAGAGCUCCAAUUCCUUCAUUGCUGCUGACUCGUUGCACAGUCUCGAGGAAUCAGAAGAGAGCAACAACCAGCUCCGCCGCCUGGUCCGUAACGGCGAGCUCGACCCUGCCUUCAGGUUCCUUGAGACCAUGGUCUACCGUGGGGACAUCCCCGACGUAAUAGCCUGCACCAGUCUCAUCCGUGGGUUCUGCAAGCUCGGAAAGACCCGCAAGGCGACCCGUGUCAUGGAGAUCCUGGAGGGCUCCGGUGCCGUCCCAGAUGUCAUAACUUACAAUGUCCUCAUCAGUGGGUACUGUAAGUCCGGCGAGAUUGACAACGCGUUGGGGGUCUUGGAACAGAUGAGCGUAACACCCGAUGUGGUCACUUACAACACAAUCUUGCGUACUCUCUGCGAUAGCGGGAAGCUGAAGCAGGCAAUGCAGGUCUUGGAUAUGCAGUUGAAGAAGGAGUGUUACCCCGAUGUGAUUACUUACACAAUCUUGAUCGAGGCUACCUGCAAGGAGUGUGGGGUGGAGCAGGCAAUGAAGCUGCUGGACGAGAUGAGGAGCAAAGGGUGUAAGCCUGAUGUCGUGACUUACAAUGUUCUCAUCAACGGUAUUUGCAAGGAAGGCAGAUUGGAUGAGGCGAUCGAUUUCUUGAAUAGCAUGCCUUCUUAUGGGUGCCAGCCCAAUGUGAUCACCCACAAUAUCGUGCUCCGCAGUAUGUGUAGCACCGGAAGGUGGAUGGAUGCGGAGAAGCUGCUCUCUGAUAUGCUCAGAAAAGGCUGUUCUCCAAGUGUUGUCACUUUCAAUAUAUUGAUAAAUUUCUUGUGCCGGAAGGGGCUUCUAGGCAGAGCGAUUGAUGUGUUGGAGAAGAUGCCAAGACACGGGUGUAUCCCAAACUCAUUGAGUUACAACCCUUUAAUCCAUGGGUUCUGCAAGGAGAAAAGGAUGGAGAGGGCAAUAGAGUAUCUUGAUAUAAUGGUUUCAAGGGGAUGUUACCCUGAUAUUGUGACUUACAACACUCUUCUCACGGCACUCUGCAAGGAUGGGAAGGUUGAGGUUGCAGUUGAGAUACUUAAUCAACUGAGCAUGAAAGGUUGCUCACCGGUUUUGAUCACGUACAAUACUGUGAUUGAUGGGCUGUCGAAGUCGGGGAGGACAGAUCGGGCAAUAGAGCUCCUCAGUGAGAUGCGAAGGAAGGGCCUCAGGCCUGAUAUAAUUACCUACUCAUCCCUUGUUGGGGGACUCAGCAGGGAAGGGAAAGUGGAUGAGGCAAUCAAGUUCUUCCACGAGCUGGAAGGGCUCGGUGUGAAGCCCAAUGCGAUAACCUACAACUCGAUAAUGUUGGGCCUUUGCAAGGCCCGUCGGACUCACCGGGCGAUUGAUUUUUUGGCCUACAUGGUGUCGAGGAAGUGUAAGCCCACCGAGAUCACGUAUACGAUUCUCAUCGAGGGCAUAGCAUACGAAGGUUUAGCGGAGGAGGCCCUAGAGCUGUUGAACGAACUGUGCUCAAGAGGAGUCGUGAAGAAGAGUUCCGCAGAACAAGUAGCAGUGAAAAUGUAAAACCCAAGUUAGCAGUCUUCCCCGAUAAUCUGUUGCCCGGUUCCUGAUGGCAUUCCAGAUGUUCUAUUUGUUUAGAUUUAGUUCUGUCCAACAGUCAAUUUUGCAGGAGUUUUCUUUAGGGCAAUGGUAUCCUAUUCACACCUUGUUGUCUGAAUCUUCUUGUCUAAAUCUUUUUGUCUGUGUAACUGAUAGUUCUCGAGAUCGAGCACAGGAUUUAUAUCAUACCAAAAGGAAGAGUCUUUAUAUGGUCAUAUACAA